AUGAGCAGGGACAUCUUCGACUCGAUCAGGCCCAACCUGACCGAGACGGGGAACCCGGAGGUGCGGUUCAUGCAGCUGGACCUGGCCAGCCUGCGCUCGGUGCGAGCCUUCGCCAGCACCUUCCUGCGCCAGGAACCCCACCUGCACCUCCUCAUCAACAAUGCGGGAGUGAGCGCCGGAGGCACGACGGAGGAUGGCUUCAGCCUCUGCUUCCAGGUGAACCACCUGGGCCACUUCUUGCUGACCCAGCUGCUGCUGGAGCGGCUGCAGAGCUGCGCGCCCAGCCGCGUGGUCAUCGUCGCCUCCCGCGCCCACUGCGCCGGCCGCCUGCACCCCGACACCCUGGGUCGCCCACCCCCGGGGCCGCUCUCAGCCUUCCAGGACUACUGCGACAGCAAGCUGGCCAACGUGCUGCACGCCCGAGAGCUGGCCACCCGCCUGGAGGGCACCCAGGUGACGUGCUACGCCGUGCACCCAGGGUUUGUCAACACGGAGCUCUUCCGCCACACGCCGCUCUGGCUGAAGCCAUUCUUCCUGCCACUGGUCUGGCUUUUCUUCUGCGAGGCGGACGAAGGUGCCCAGACCUCCCUGUACUGUGCCACGCAGGAGGGCCUCGAGCGCUUCAGCGGCCGCUACUUCGCUGACUGCCGCCUGCAAGAGCCGUGGCCACUAGCCCGCGACGACCGGCUGGCCCGGGCGCUCUGGGAGGCCAGCGAGAGGCUGGUGGGGCUGGUGGGGGCUGGGGAGAGCCCCUCGCCGUCCCCUGCUGCUGUCAUGCAAUAAAAGUGAUGGUGGUGAA